ACAUUAAUUUUAUUUUUUCACCACUAAUAUCCACUAAAUUAUCUAAUCUGGUAUGGGAGUCAAUUCUGACAUCAAGUAGUUUCAAUCUCCUACGAACUACAAUUAUGAAAAUCGAACUGUGAUCUUUCCUAUCAAAUCCAACACCAAUUAUCACUGAACCAACUAACCAUAAGUAACCCUCACAUUAAUUUCCUUUACUUGCCACCCAUACCCUUCUAUCCGUUCACACCCAAAACAUUAACUCUCCCGUCUUUUCUCUCUCUUCAUAAUUUUUCCAUGCUACUGUUUAAUUUGGUACAGCAUUAAUGGUUAGUUAUUUGGUAUUUGUUGCACAUCUAUUCUACAUUUUUUUUUCUUAUCUCUUUUAAGCUUAUUCUAUGUUUAUCCCUUACAACAUAAUAAUAAUAAUAAAAUCUAAGUCAAACUUCUUUAGCUUCAUAUCAUCAUAAACAUAAAAUGGAGAUUGAAGCAGCAAGUGGUAGCAACAACAAAAGAUGCAACAUGGAUGAGAAUGAAGAUGAAACAUAUUGUGGUAUGGAUAGAGGAAGUUUUUUAGCAUGGGAAGAUUUAAGAGUUAUGUUGCCAAAUUUUGGAAAAGGACCAACUAAAAGGUUACUUAAUGGGCUUAAUGGUUUUGCUGAGCCUGGUAAAAUCAUGGCUAUUAUGGGCCCUUCUGGCUCUGGAAAAUCCACUUUGCUUGAUUCACUUGCAGGUAGACUCUCAAAAAAUGUGGUCAUGACAGGAAAUGUUCUUAUCAAUGGGAAGAAAAAAAAUCCAGGCUAUGGUUUUGUUGCAUACGUAACACAAGAGGAUGUGUUAAUGGGAACACUUACAGUAAGGGAAACAAUAACAUAUUCAGCACACCUACGUCUUCCAACAUCGAUGCCCAAAGAAGAAGUUGACGACAUAAUCGAAGGAACAAUCACAGAAAUGGGUCUUCACGAUUGCGCUGAUACGUUAAUAGGUAACUGGCAUUUGAGAGGUAUAAGUGGUGGUGAAAGGAAAAGAACUAGCAUUGCACUUGAGAUUCUCACAAGGCCUCGAUUAUUGUUUCUCGAUGAACCUACCAGUGGUUUAGAUAGCGCCUCUGCGUUUUUUGUUGUUCAAACUCUUAGAAAUGUUGCUCGCGAUGGAAGGACUGUUAUUUCUUCUAUUCAUCAGCCAAGUAGUGAAGUCUUUGCACUUUUUGAUGAUCUUUUCUUGCUCUCUAGUGGCGAAACUGUUUAUUUUGGUGAAGCCAAAAAGGCAAUAGAGUUUUUUGCUGAGGCCGGUUUCCCUUGUCCGCGUAAAAGAAAUCCUUCUGAUCACUUCCUAAGAUGUAUCAAUUCUGAUUUCGACGUUGUCACGGCUACACUAAAGGGAUCUCAAAGAAUUCCUGAUGUUCCAAAUUCAGCAGAUCCUUUCGAGAAUUUGGCUACAGCACAGAUUAAGUCAAUGCUAGUUGAGAGAUUCAGGCGUUCGUCAUACGCCAAAAGGUUAAAAGACAAGAUUCAAGAACUAUCAACCCAUGAAGGGCUUGAAGCUGAGACACAACUUGGAAGCCAAGCUAGUUGGUGGAAGCAACUCACUACAUUGACAAGGAGAUCAUUUGUGAACAUGUCUAGAGAUGUUGGUUACUAUUGGUUGAGGAUUAUAAUCUACAUCAUUGUAUCUAUAUGUGUUGGAACAAUCUAUUUUGAUGUUGGCUAUAGCUAUACUUCCAUCUUGGCUCGUGGCGCAUGUGGUGCAUUUAUAUCAGGGUUUAUGACUUUCAUGUCAAUUGGAGGCUUUCCAUCUUUCAUUGAAGAAAUGAAGGUUUUUUAUCGCGAAAGGAUGAAUGGAUAUUACGGUGUAGCAGCAUAUAUUUUAGCAAACUUUCUAUCAUCAUUCCCAUUCUUGGUUGCUAUUGCUCUUACUUCUAGCACAAUCACAUAUAACAUGGUGAAAUUCAGGCCAGGAUUCAUUCACUUUGUGUUUUUCACUCUGAAUAUCUAUGGCUGUAUCUCAGUGAUUGAGAGUCUCAUGAUGGUUGUAGCUUCACUUGUUCCAAAUUUCCUCAUGGGGAUCAUUACAGGAGCUGGAAUCAUUGGAAUCAUGAUGAUGACCUCUGGAUUCUUUAGGUUACUAUCUGAUCUUCCAAAAGCGGUUUGGCGCUAUCCGAUUUCAUAUAUUAGUUAUGGUGCAUGGGCGAUACAGGGUUCAUACAAGAAUGACUUACUUGGACUAGAGUUUGAUCCACUAAUCCCUGGUGAUCCAAAACUAACAGGAGAAUAUGUGAUAACACACAUGUUAGGGAUUGAAUUAAGCCAUUCCAAAUGGUGGGACUUAACAGCACUUUUAAUCAUUCUCAUAUGUUACAGGCUACUUUUCUUUAUUAUUCUCAAGUUCAAAGAAAGAGCAUCACCAUUAUUUAAAACACUUUAUGCCAAAAGAACCAUACAACAGCUUGAAAAAAGACCUUCUUUUAGGAACAUGCCAAAUUUUCCUUCACUAAGGCAUCAACCACUUCAUUCACUAUCUUCUCAAGAGGGUCUUAAUUCUCCACUCCACAACUAGAAGAAGAACCACAGAGAAAUAUUUUAUAUAUACUUAUAUGAUUAAAUUCUGUUGGAUUUUUAGAUAUUAGUUGCUUUUAUAUGGUUUAUUUAUUUAACACACAUAAUUAUUUGCAUUUGUUUUGUUAGCUUUAUGUAUAGACUACAGAGGAAAUGUUUUAUAACUGUUUCAAUUAAGAUAAGAAAAAUGGGAUAUUGUGUCCUUGGAUUACAA